GCCACAUCUUUGCCUUGCCCUGCGGGAGCUCGAGCCAACCCUGGUACCCGGCACUGCUAAUAACUCGACCUGGACCUGGACCUGGAGCUCUCGUCCUGACGUCUCGCCUGUCUUGUCUGGUCUCUUGCUCGGCCCAAAUUGGUAGCCUGGUCUAUUUGCCUUUCGCUUUGCUCAACCUCUUGGCAGACUUGGAAUCUUCUUCAUUCCUCUCCCCCUCCCCAAUUGCUCCUCCCACCCCCAUCUCGCACCCCUUUUCUGCUUCCUCUACACUCCUUCGGCCACCUCCUCUGGCCAGUCCCCGAGACAACGCCACAUUUUGCUCCCCGCCCUUCCCCCUUUGACGCCCUCCUCUGUGAUACCCAACCAUCAUCAUGGUUAACAUUGAGCCACGCCUUCAGGCGAAGCCCCCAUUCUCCGUCGAGGUCCCCGGACAGAAGCCCGUAGAGGGCGAGACUACCAUCCGUCGCCUCCCGGGCUCCGUCCCCGACCUUGUCGCAAAGCCCGCCCCAAACAUCUCCACCGUCUACGAGCUCGUCCGCGUAUCCGUCGAGAAAUAUGGAAACGCAAAAUGCAUGGGCUCGCGGAAGCUCGUCCGCACCCACCAGGAGACCAAGAAGGUCAAGAAGGUCGUCGACGGGGAGGAGCGCGAGGUAGACAAGCAGUGGACCUACUUCGAGCUCAGCGGCUACGAGUACCAGACCUACUCCGAGUAUGAGAAGCUCGUCCUGCAGCUCGGCUCCGGCCUGCGCAAGCUGGGCCUCGAGAAGGAGGACAGGCUCCACAUCUUCGCCGCCACGAGCUCGUCAUGGCUGGCACUGUCGCACGGCGCUUCCUCCCAGUCCAUGCCCAUCGUCACCGCGUACGACACCCUGGGAGAGGAGGGCUUGCGCCAUUCCAUGGUUGCCACCAAGGCCAAGGCCAUCUUCCUCGACCCACACCUGCUACCGACCCUGACCAACGUCCUCAAGGACGCGACCGAGGUCAGGCAUGUUAUUUGGAACAGCCAGAACGAGCUCAAGAAGGAGCAUGCCGAGAAACUCACCGCCGCGUACCCCAACGUCAAGAUCAUCAGCUUUGACGACCUGAGGAAGCUGGGCGAGGAGAACCCCACCGAGCCAGUUCCGCCCAAGCCUGAGGACCUCUGCUGCAUCAUGUACACCUCAGGAUCCACCGGCACGCCAAAGGGCGUCCCGCUCAAGCACAGCAACGUGAUUGCUGCCGUGGCUGGAGUCAGCGUGGUGGUGCAGCCCUUCAUCGGCCCGGGCGACGGCCUCCUGACCUACCUCCCCCUGGCGCACAUCCUGGAAUUCGUGUUUGAGAAUGCUGCCCUGCACUGGGGUACCACCCUGGGCUACGGCAACCCCAAGACACUCUCUGACGCUUCUGUACGCAAGUGUAACGGUGACAUCCGAGAGUUCAAGCCCAGUGUCCUGGUCGGCGUGCCCGCCGUGUGGGAGAACGUCAAGAAGGGCAUCAUUGGCAAGGUCAAUGGGGGAAGCCCCAUUGUCAAGAACCUCUUCUGGGGUGCACUGUGGGCAAAGAGCACCCUCAUGAGCUACGGCCUGCCGGGCUCCGGGAUCCUGGAUGCGGUGGUGUUCAAGAAGAUUAAGGAGGCUACAGGCGGCCGCUUGAAGUUGUGCCUGAACGGAGGAGGUCCUGUCGCGAAGGACACGCAGCGGUUCAUCUCCAUGGCUAUUUGCCCCAUGAUUAUCGGCUAUGGUUUGACGGAGACGACAGCCAUGGGCACCCUCCAAAACCCUAUGGAGUGGACAUCCGAGAGCAUUGGUGCCAUGCCCGCGUCUGUUGAGGCGAAGCUGGUCGACUUCCCCGAUGCCGGCUACUUCGCUACCAACAAGCCCCAUGCGCAGGGUGAGGUCUGGCUGCGCGGACCCAGCAUCAUGGACGGCUACUACCAGAACGACAAGGAGACCGCCGAGGCCAUGACCUCGGACGGAUGGUUCAAGACGGGCGACAUUGGCGAGUUCGACUCGAACGGCCACCUUAAGCUGAUUGACCGCAAGAAGAACCUGGUCAAGACGCUCAACGGCGAGUACAUCGCCCUCGAGAAGCUCGAGUCUGUCUACCGGUCCGCCCACGUGGUGGCCAACAUCUGCGUCUUCGCCGACGACUCAAAGGCCAAGCCCAUCGCCAUCAUCGUGCCCGCAGAGCCGGCGCUCAAGAAGCUGGCGUCCGACAACGGGGUGCAGGGCUCCUCGCUCGAGGAGCUCGUUCACUCCAAGAAGCUGAACGGCGUGGUGCUGAAGGAGCUGCAGAACGCCGGGCGUGCGGGCGGCCUGGCAGGUAUCGAGAUCAUCGAGGGCGUAGUCCUCAGUGACGAGGAGUGGACACCACAGAACGGCCUCGUGACGGCGGCGCAAAAGCUGAACCGGAAGGGGAUCGUGAAGAAGUACCAGAAGGAGAUCAACCAGGCCUACGGCUCGUCCUGAGCGGCUCUUCGACUCUCCCUGACAUAAUCUUUUUUUUGCGCGUUGCAAGUGUUUAUAUUUACCGAGGCUCUUGGGCCUCCUCGCGACCGGACUCUUUGUUCUUUUUGGAUGAUCAGGGUGGAAGGUUUGGUUUAGCGGGGUGUUUGCUUUCUCUCUUGACCGCAAUGAAGGGUACGCGCUACAAUGUAAUAAGCAGUAAUAUCCCAUCAUGAUUCUCAGGCUGGGGAAGGAAAAAGAAUAACUAACUGGACUGGCGAGUG